GGGUCGCGCGAACACUUCCGGGUCACAGGCAGAGGGCUGCGGUUUCCGCGGCUGAGGAGGUGGUCGCAGCGGGCUCCCUACCUGGCUCUGCUACCGCCGUGGCGGAAGCGCCUUCCCUCAGGACAUCAAUGCAAGCUUGAAGAAAAAGUAAUUGCUUCCUUUUAAGCCAUGGCAUAUCAGUUAUACAGAAAUACAACUUUGGGGAACAGUCUUCAAGAGAGCCUUGAUGAGCUCAUACAGUCUCAACAGAUCACCCCCCAGCUUGCCCUUCAAGUUCUACUUCAGUUUGAUAAAGCUAUAAAUUCAGCAUUGGCUCAGAGAGUCAGGAACAGAGUCAAUUUCAGGGGCUCUCUAAAUACAUACAGAUUCUGCGAUAAUGUUUGGACUUUUGUAUUGAAUGAUGUUGAAUUCAGAGAGGUGACAGAACUUAUAAAAGUGGAUAAAGUGAAAAUUGUAGCCUGUGAUGGUAAAAAUACUGGCUCCAAUACUACGGAAUAAGUAGAGAAAUGCGACUUUUUUAUGCCACCUUCUGUUAUUUUCAUCGCGUUUUGAAGAGAAACAUGGAAAAGACUUUUUUUUAUUUAUUCUCACGGUGCAGAAAUGACAACACUGUGCUAUAUAUACUACCCAAGGAUCCCACAGAGAGAAGCAUGUGACUCUGUUCUCUUAAAUGACCUUUAGUACACAGCAUAAAGAAAUGUAACUUUUUUUUAAUGACAAAUCAAAAGUAGUUGCCUUCAUAAGAAUAUUCUUCAAUAAACUCGUUUUAAAACUU